AUGGACAUGUACCCGAGCAACCGCCGCCGAUGGGCCGAUAUCGAGGACGAGGAGGAGCAGGCCACGGCAGCAAUGCGCAGUUCCAGCAUCACCAGCGAGGUGCUUGCUGCGCCGGACACCACCUUCUUGCAGGUGGAAAAUGUGGUUGCGGACGGCAACUGCUUGUUCCACGCCCUGGUCCACGCGCACACGCGGGCGACAGAGGACGAGAACAGUGACAGGCCCCUUCCUGCAGAGCUGGGACAGGCCCUUCGCCGGGAUGUGACAAGCUUCCUGAUAGCCCAUGCAGUCGAGCAGGGCGACUUUGCGGAGAGUUGGUUGGAAGAGGCAGAACGUUUGGAAAGAGGAUCGGGGGAGGCGUGGGCUGGAAACGUCUCGAUCGUGGCCUUCUCCCUCAUGCAGGAAUGCCGCGUCCAGGUGCACACACGCCGUCCCGAUGGUUCCAUCGUGACAAUGGACUCCACCCACCGAGAUCUUCAAGAUCUCGCUGACUUGCCUAUGGUUCGCGUGCUAUACAAUGGAGAAGACCACUACGAUGCGUUGGUGGAGGCCGAAAAUGUGGGACUUCUAGUGCCCGCAUGGGAAGGUCAGACGUGGCCGCUGAGGUACUGGCGAAUUCCGCCGCAAGAAAUGCACCCUCAAGAUAUCGACGGUUCAUUGCUGCCGAUGAAGAAGACAAGAUCGAUGGAGUCCAUCACUUCGCCCGAGCUUCCCGGCAGCACGGACGACAUCCUGGAGGAGGUGUGCCAGGCGGUCGUGGCGCCGACAUCCACCCAUCCGCAUCGCCAAAUGGAGGAUGCCAUUACGAAGCUGGCGACGACCAGGCUUCGGGACCAUCCCACACUCCCACCUCUUGCCCUGCCGGAAGAAGUGGAUGCGGGCGAGGCGUGGCCCCACGCUUUCUGUGCGUUCAGCGGCUGUUUGUGGACGGCCAGAAAGGGCACGGAGGACGACCUGCUUCAGCACCUCCGCGAGCAGCAUCGCCCCGACCUAGAACCGGUAGCAGCUCUUCUAGGCCAUGGCCAUCCCGACAAGCAGGAUUUCCUCAGCGUCUACAACGCAGCUCUCAGCGUCAAGUGCCGCUCGGCCGCUCCCCUCGCUGGCAGCUCCCUCGACCGGAUCGCUUUGGAAAAGUUCGCAGAGGCGACUGCUGGCGACCACGUGGAGUCACUGAUCUGCUUCUCGUGCGCUUGCACUUACACGCGCAUCGCAGAGACGGAAGAUCGGGGCGACAUCCAGUGGCACCGUCCUCUGGAGCAGACGAACAAAAAGCUUUUUCGUGUGAACUGGGGGUCCCUUUUACAACUGGGGGUCCCAAAAGUCACUGCCCUGACAUUGUUAAUGUUGCGCUUCUUAUCUUCUCGGCCCAGCAAUCUACGGGAUGGCGAAACGUUUUAA